AUGGGUAUCUGGGUGGUGUACGUUGGAGUUCUAUGCAUUGUUUCUGUGCUACUUUUGCAGUUUCCCUGGAAGUCUUCGUCCUUCGCCCCAGCCCGCGUUGCUCCCACGCGCCGCUCCCGGACGCCACAGCGGCUGCGGGUUCUCCACUGCCUUAUGUGUCCCAGCGGGUGUGGCAAAGUCAUCCCUUUCUUUCUGCCACAGUGUAGAGAAUGCAAUGCUUGCUACAACCCAGAAGGCAAUCUUUGUAUUCGGACUGAUCUUGCUGGUUGUGGAGUACUGGCUGACAGCACUACCAGAUUUACGUGCAAGGGCAAAUUAGUCUAUCAUUUCUUCAACACCUGUACAUUUACUGAGUACACAGUGGUGGAUGAAUCAUGUGUGAAGAUUGAUGACGUAGCUCCUCUGAGAAAAAUAUGUUUAAUUGGCUGUGGGUUUUCCACUGGAUAUGAGGCCACAAUUAAAACCAUCAAUGUCACUCCUAGCUCCACUUGCAUUGCUUUUGGUCUGGGAGGAGUUGGCAUUUCAGUUUUCUUGGGCUGGAAGUCAGCUGGUGCAAUCAAAGUCAUUAGGAUUGACCUCAACAAAGACAAAUUUGAGAAGGCCCUGGCUGUAGGAGCCACUGAGUGCAUCAGCCCCAAGGACUCCACCAAGCCUAUCAAUGAGGUGCUGUCAGAAAUGACAGGCAACAAUGUGGGGUAUACUGUUGACACAAGAAACAAAGUGUCUCCUUCAUUUUGAACUCAGAUUGAUGCCCCUGCAUCCUGCCGUGUGAACUGGGGGACCACUGUAGUGGUAGGAGCUCCUCCAUCAGCCAAGAUGCUCACCUGUGACCCCAUGCUGCUCUUUACUGAGUGCACAUGGAAGUGAUGUGUUUUUUGGGGUAUGGUGGGCAGAGCCUCUGGCCUGGGGAAUGAUGGCUUUAACUCUGGGUGUUCUUUGGCAAGUGAGAGAAACCUAUUGCCCAUCAUAUCUCCCUUAAAGAUCUUUUUUCCAAGGAUGCAUGUGAUGUGAUCUACAGCCUGUGACAACAGAAUUAAAAGGCAAUUACUAUUCAUCUUGAUUUAAGGCUAAUAUUCAUGGACACAUUUUUAAUAUUAGCACCUACAACUGAAGUUCCCCAAAGUCUUCAUUCAGGCUGAAAAUGUCUGUAUUGCAAUGUUUUUUAUG